AUGUUUCCUUUGAGUAUACAACAUCUAAGUACGAUCCUGUUGUUUUAAGUUCACGUUUAUGGCUUCCACCCAACUCGCUCUAGGUACCUACUUCGUGUUCAUGACGGGUCUUUAACACCAAUAAUUUGCGACCCUCCCUUCUACCUUUUAAGUGUUGGAAAAGGUGAACCUGAAUAAGUUUCAUGGAUCUUGUUAAGUUGGACUGUAAGAUUUUCAAAGGCUGCUCGUUGUACGAUAUUGGAAACUUGGUCGAACCGUAGAACAUUCGACGCGGAUUCUCGGCGUCAGUGGCCGACGUGGCGCAACAGGAUUGUGACGUGACUUGGUUCGUGUUUCAGGUGUGAAGCGUACAGCGAGGCGAAAGAACGAGCAAGAUGCAGGGCGGAAGUGCGAUGUGGUUCCGUCACGGACUUCGGCUACACGAUAACCCGGCGUUGCACGACGCACUGCGCGACCUCGCCGGCGCGCCUUUCUUCCCGGUGUUCGUAUUCGACGGAGAGACCGCCGGGACAAAGCUGGUGGGCUACAACCGCAUGCGCUACCUGCUCGAGGCGCUCGAAGACCUCAACCGGCAGUUCCAGAGGAGCGGGGGAAAGCUCAUCAUGGUCAAGGGACAGCCCGAGGCCGUGUUCCGCCGGCUGUGGGAGGAAUUCGGCAUUCGCAGGCUGUGCUUCGAGCAGGACUGCGAGCCGGUGUGGCGCGCGCGCGACGAGCGCGUGGCGCGCGCGUGCCGCGACGCGGGCGUCGAGUGCCGCGAGCACGUCUCGCACACGCUGUGGGCGCCCGACGCGGUCAUCGGCGCCAACGGCGGCAUCCCGCCGCUCACCUACCAGAUGUUCCUCCACACGGUGGCGACGAUCGGCGACCCGCCGCGGCCCGUGGCCGACGCCGACCUGCGCGGCGUCACCUUCGGCGCUCUGCCGCGGAGUUUCUACGAGGAGUUCACCGUCUUCGACAAGACUCCGAAACCGGAGGAUCUCGGCGUGUUCCUGGAGGACGAGGACGUCCGCAUGAUCCGCUGGGUGGGCGGCGAGGGCGCGGCGCUCAAGCAGAUGGACGACAGGCUCGUCGUUGAGCGCGAGACUUUCUGCAGGGGCUCGUACCUGCCGACGCACGGCAGCCCCGAUCUGCUGGGCCCGCCCGUCUCGCUGAGCCCCGCGCUGCGCUUCGGCUGCCUGUCCGUCCGGAAGUUCUACUGGGCGUUGCAGGAUCUGUUCCAGCAGGUGCACCAGGGUCGCCUCUCGGGUGCACAUUUCAUCACCGGUCAGCUGAUCUGGCGCGAGUACUUCUACACGAUGAGCGUGAACAACCCCAACUACGGGCAGAUCGCCGGCAACCCGAUCUGCCUCGACAUCCCGUGGAAGAGCCCCGAGGGCGACGAGCUGGAGAGGUGGCGCGCGGGCCGCACGGGCUUCCCGUUCGUGGACGCGGCCAUGCGCCAGCUGCGCGCCGAGGGCUGGCUGCACCACGUCGUGCGCAACGCCGUGGCGUCGUUCCUCACGCGCGGCACGCUGUGGCUGUCGUGGGAGCACGGGCUGCGCCACUUCCUCAAGUACCUGCUGGACGCCGACUGGUCGGUGUGCGCCGGCAACUGGAUGUGGGUGUCGUCCAGCGCCUUCGAGGCGCUGCUGGACUCCGGCGCCUGCGCCUGCCCCGUGCGCCUGGGCCGGCGCCUGGACCCGUCGGGCGAGUACGUGCGGCGCUACGUGCCCGAGCUGGCGCGGCUGCCGGCGCGCUUCGUGUACGAGCCGUGGCGCGCGCCGCUGGCCGAGCAGCAGCGCGCGCAGUGCGUGGUGGGGCGCGACUACCCCGCGCCGCUGGCCGACCCCGCGGCCGCCGGCGCCGCCAACGCGCGCGCCAUGCGGCGCCUGCGCGACGCGCUGCAGCGCGCGCCGCCGCACUGCUGCCCCUCGGACGCCGACGAGGUGCGCCGCUUCAUGUGGCUGCACGACGAGCCGCAGCCGCUCGCCGCCGCCUCCGACUAGGCGCCGGCGCCGCCCCUUCUGCCCCUCCCGCUUGACUCAGUUAUGGCGAACGCCGCGCUUUCGUUUCCGAGGACCGCUCCUGCGGCAGGUCGCCGACUCGCUUGCGCAAGAACGAGCCCGGGACCUGCGAGAAGCGAUGCAAAUCACAAAACAUUUGACAGGAAAACGGUUUCUCCGAACCGCUUUCCUUAUUUCAUCCGAUGAGAAAUCCCGAACGGACG